AUGGGAGGCGACCUCAACUUGAAGAAAUCCUGGCAUCCGCACCUGCGCAAGAACCAAGAAAGGGUGUGGAAGGAGGAGAAGUCUGCGCUCGAGGAGCGCAAACUCAUAGAAAAACUUCGCAAGGAACGCGAAGAAGAAGCACAGAUUGAAGAACUGCAGCGGCUGCAAGCUGAAAAUGGUGGCAAGGUUGUGCAGCGACGGGUCGACUGGAUGUAUGCAGGCCCGAGUGGCGAUGUAGGCGUUACAGAGGAGCGCGAGGGCUACCUUCUGGGCAAGCGCAGGAUCGACAACCUGCUGAAAUCAAACGAUACCCAAAGUCUGCAGAAAGGCGCUGCAGUUGGUGUCGACGCCGUCGCCGCCGCCGCCGAUCCGAAUGCGAACACCGCUCGCGACACGCACAAGAAGGUGCUUCAAGACCCACUCCUCAUGAUACAGAAACAGAAAAUGGAGAUGCAGUUGAAGGCUAUGAAGGACGCGCAGAAAGAGGCCAAGUAUGCCGAGAAGCGCGAAAAGGAGAAGGAGCGGGAAAGAAAGCACAAGCAUCGAGACAGGGAGCGGAGCAGAGAGCGGGAGCACAAACACAGCAGCCGGCGCCAUCGAUCGCGCUCGCCGCGCAGAAGAGAAGACCGCGAGGAUCGUCGCGAUCGUGACAGCCAUCGUAGACGGUCAAGAUCCCGCUCACGAUCACCAUAUCGCAAGCACGGCAGCCGACGAGAUCGCUCUCGAUCACCACGCAGGAGGGAGGAUCGUGGCGACCUUCGCGAUCGAGACACAUACCGACGACGUGAUCGCACACCGCCGCGAAAACAACCUGACGACGCUGAAGCCCGUCAGAGCGCAGCCGAUCGUCUCGCCGCCAUGCAAGCAGAGGCGACAUCGCUCGAGCAGCAGCGGGCUGAGCGUGUUCGACAACAGGAAAUUAAGGAUAGAGAGGAGGAAGAAAAGCACAAGAAAAACAUGGACGGGGGACGUCGCUACAUUUCGAGUGUGCGCGGGCAAGCCUCGAACAUGGAUUUAGGCGACGCGAUCGCUCGCGGACGACAGAAUCUAAGGGCAGAAGUCGAUGCUUGA